CUCUGUAUGCAGCACAAUUGAUUGUCCUACUAAUGUUUGCUGAAAGAUUAUGUGGGCUACCAUUGGUGAUUGCAUUCUUAAUAUAUAAAUGGCGAAGAAGACAUUUAUCAAUGUUUGACAUGGUGGAAGAUUUUCUUCAAAGUCAGAACAAUCUCACGCCUAUCAAGUACUCAUUUUCAGAAAUCAAGAAAAUGACUAAUGGGUUCAAGAAUAAGUUAGGUGAAGGUGGUUACGGCUCUGUUUAUAAAGGAAAGCUUCGAAGCGGCUGUAUGGUAGCCGUAAAGAUAUUGGGCAAGUCCAAAUGUAAUGGACAAGAAUUCAUCAAUGAGGUUGCUACCAUCGGGAGGAUUCAUCAUGUCAAUGUAGUUCAAUUAAUUGGAUUUUGUGCUGAAAGGUCUAAGCGUGCUCUUGUAUACGAAUUCAUGGCCAACGGGUCUCUUGAAAAGUAUAUAUUCUCAAAUGAAAGCAGUACCUCCUUGAGUUGCAAGAAAAUGUACGAGAUUUCUAUUGGCGUGGCUCGUGGGAUUGAAUAUCUACAUAAAGGUUGCGACAUGCAGAUCUUACAUUUUGAUAUCAAACCACACAACAUACUUCUGGAUGAAAAUUUCACUCCCAAGGUGUCGGAUUUUGGACUUGCAAAAUUAUAUCCAAUAGAAGACAGUAUGGUUCCUCAGACAGCGGCACGAGGUACAAUGGGUUAUAUGGCUCCUGAGUUAUUCUAUAAAAACAUUGGAGGUAUUUCUUACAAAGCUGAUGUCUAUAGUUUCGGAAUGUUGUUGAUGGAAAUGGUUGGUAGAAGAAAGAAUUUAAAUGCUUUUGCAGAGCAUUCAAGUCAAAUUUACUUCCCUUCUUGGGUUUUUGACCAAUUGACUUUGGGAAAAGAAAUUGAAAUUGGAGAAAUCACGGAUGAGGAGAAGGAGAUAGUGAAGAAGAUGGUGAUAGUAUCCUUGUGGUGCAUACAAAUGAAGCCUAGUAAUCGUCCUUCCAUGAACAAAGUUGUUGAGAUGCUACAAAAUGAAGCUGAAUGCUUACAAAUGCCUCCAGCGCCAUUCAAUCUGGUGUAAAUGGUAUCAUUAAUUUAUUUUGAUUUUGUAGGGCAUAUUUGGUUUAUGGAAUAGAAAAGAAUUGAAUAGAAUAGGUAUUUUGUAGUAAUAGAAUACGGUAGGAAUAAAAUGAAAAUGUUAUUAUAUAGUUUGAUUGACGGAUUGAAAAAAGGUAGAAUUGCUAUUAUAACUUAUUACAAUGCUUAGUUAGUA